AUGACCUUCGGUCUCGCCUGCUGCGCCGUCGAGAUGAUGCACCUCUCCACGCCCCGCUACGAUCAGGAUCGCCUCGGAAUCAUUUUCCGUGCCUCUCCUCGCCAGUCUGACGUGAUGAUCGUCGCCGGCACCCUCACCAACAAGAUGGCCCCCGCCCUCCGCCAGGUCUACGACCAGAUGCCCGAGCCCCGCUGGGUCGUCUCCAUGGGCUCCUGCGCCAACGGCGGUGGCUACUACCACUACUCGUACUCGGUCGUCCGCGGCUGCGACCGCGUCGUCCCAGUCGACGUCUACGUCCCCGGAUGCCCCCCGACCUCCGAGGCCCUCAUGUACGGCAUCUUCCAGCUUCAGCGCAAGAUGCGCAACACCAAGAUCACCCGCAUGUGGUACCGCAAGUAG